AUGAAGGGAGGAAGACUUCGGCGAUUCGCAAUUCACGUUUUGUUUGGACAGCUGGUGGCUUUUUUGAACUCCGUCACUGGAGUGUCAACGACCAAACUGGUAAAUAAUAAUGCCAGUUAUCCUCUGCUGCAAUCGUUGACGGCGUACGCCUUUAUUUUCGCCGUUUAUGCACCAAUAUUUCUUCUGCUGUACAUUCGUAACCGGCACCGGAGGUUUUUGAAUUUUGUGUUUUUACAGAAGCCUUGGAGGUACGCUGUUCUUGGCCUUAUUGACAUGGAAGCGAACUUUUUUAUUGUCAAGGCCUUCCAGUACACAGACAUGAUUUCAGUCCAGCUCUUGAAUUGCUUCAACAUUCCAUGUGUUUUUGUGCUAAGCUUUUUUAUUUUGAAAAUGCGUUUUGCUGUCACCCACAUUGUUGGUUGUCUUGUUGCCACAAGUGGCUUGGUGGUUCUCAUUGUUUUGGACGCCGAUGGAGUGACACGAAAUAAGGUGGGGCCUAAUGUUGCCAAGGGCGAUUUGUUUUGCUUGCUUGCCGCUGCUCUUUACGCGACAAGUAAUGUUCUUAUGGAGUGGUUUAUCAAGCCUCAGCCAAGAGGUGUAUAUCUUGAGAGUGUGGAGUCUGCCAAUACCAAUCAAGAAGAGGAGGGCGUUAA